CUAAAUUAAUUGUAUCUUGUGAAUGCGCAUGUGCCUAGAAGAGUUAUAAAAGGGUAAAGUUCUCAAGACAGAGUGCCACAUCGUCAUCAUGUUGUCCACUACCAACAUCGUCCUCUGCUUCGCUGUUGUCCUGGGUGUGUCUGCUGUCCCCGGGCAACUCAGAAAUAUUAUCACAGACAGCAGCAGGCUAUGGGCAAAUGGAAAAGUCCCUGUUGCCUUUGACGUUAGUUUAGAUGGAUCAAUGAAAGAAAAGGUCCUGGCAGCUAUGCAGGAAAUCUCUUUUUCCACACACGCCAAUGGUAUGCCGUGUGUCCAGUUUGUUCCUAGAACACAGGAGAAGGACUACGUUGUUUUCACAUCAGUUGUCUAUGGAUCUGGAGACAGCUUGCCCGGCCGUCUUGGGGGUGUCCAGUACGUCCAUCUGUACCGUGAUGCCGCCAAGGCCGACAUUAUGCAGCUCAUCAUGUACUUGCUCGGCUUCUUCAACGAGUUCCGUCGCCCCGACAGAGAUAGCCAGGUCAUGGUCCACUACGAAAACAUUGCCCCAGAGUACCGUGGAUUCUUCGACAUUACUAACGACACAACAUUCUUCAACUACCCAUUCGACUUUGAGUCCAUUACUUUCUUCUUCCCAUACGCCUGGGCCAUUGACCCAUCCAAACCCACUCUCACCCCCAAAUACGAGUCUGUCAGCAUUCCAUACAAAGUUUCUCUCAGCAAAUACGACAUUCUUAACAUCCAAAGAGAAUACAAAUGUGGAAUUGAUAACGGAAACAAGAUCGACCUUUUGGACGGCACCGUCUCAUACUGUAACUUUGAAUUCGAUCUGUGCGAGUGGACCCAGUUGACAGAUGACGAUUUCGACUUCCAGAGAAUGAAGGGACCAUCUCCUCGUAGCAACGUCACCGGACCAAUGGCCGAUUACAGCAGUGGAACAGGCUACUACGUUUAUGCUGGGGCACAGGGUGAACACAACGAAGAUGCACGAGUUAUCUCCCCUGUUCUGAACGCCGGUGAAUACUGUCUCCGAUUUUACUACUUCCUGUACGGACAAGACAUUCACAAGUUCAGAGUGAACACAAGAGUUGGAGAUAGAGACACAGUUCUUGAUUCUUUGGAGGGCAACCAGGGAGGAAGCUGGCACACGUACUCUAAAGAUAUCACCAUGAACACAAAGUUCCAGAUUUUCUUGGAGGCCAUCAUUGGAGGAACAGACAACGGAGAUAUGGCCUUUGAUGAUGUGUACAUCUUCCGUGGACGCUGUAUAGCUUAGACAUUAUUCAAUAUAAUAUAGACUCUUCCUCUCCACUCUUAACUGAUCAAAGUCUGUUUCUAUGCAGUACUUGUAUCUUAGGUUGCGCUUGAGUUUGUGCUAAGAUUCUUUACGUAAAUGUGUUAGAGUUAAAAGGUGUCUUGCGCCAUCAUAUCGUGUACAUUUUCAUCGAAUAUUUUUUUUAUACAAAUGAAUCUUUAUUUCAAUAAAUAAAGAUACAAAUAAA